CUCGCUCGGUCGCGAGUCCUCGUGAGCGGUCCCCGAGAUGGCGAGAACUCGCGUCCUGGCUUUGCUAGGGCCCUUGGCCCUGGCCCUAUCCUCGGCCUCGACGCCCGACUCCAGGGUGUCGGUUUUGAAGUGCUGCCCGAAUGGCAGCGAGUUGUCGAACCCCGAGGGCGCCGAGGGGCCUCCACGUUGCGUGCCGAGCACCGGCCCUUGGCGACCGCUCAUCUACUCGCCCAGUCGGCAGGGUAUGCUCAGCGAACCUCCCCCCAACUGGCGCGUCAUCGAGAACUCCAGGCCCAACUGCUCGCCCUCUACAGUGCUAACCUACAUCCCGAACCGCAGCUACAACCCCUUUUUCCUCCUCGAGGUCGGCAGUGCCGUCCUCGACGUCAGCGGUAGCGGGAACUCGUUCGAGCCCGGCGAGUUUUGCGCCGACGGCAACGCCCUCCUUGUCUGCGCGGCAAAGCGCGAGGUCGGACAGGCGGCCGCGACCGCGCGACCAAGGGUGCACCGGUGCUGCGGCGACGGAGCCGCCUUCCACGAGGAGCGCAACACCUGCGUCAAUCUGAAAGAGGAACCGGACGCACCUGCGCUUCUGCCUAACGCCUCCUUCGUUGAAAUCGUCCCCGGCUUCCCGCCGUGCCCCAAAUCGGACAACUUCACCAUCCUCGCCGGCACGGAGGACGCCAUCUUGAAGGAGGACGGCGGGUUGGAGGUCGCCGGCGUUAAACUCCCGCCUGGACAGUUCUGCGUAGAGAGGAUCAAGGAGAUCGGAUCUGCGAAAGUUUUCGCCUGCUCGGUGCACGCGCCCCAGAGGAAGGUGGUCCAGCCUGAAUCGGACAUCCGGUUCACCCUGUACCCCGUGGGGUUCAUCAUCAGCGUGGUCUUCUUGGCAGCCACCCUGGCAGCCGGAUGGCUCCUGCCGGCGUCUCACCACGUGCUUCACUGGCGAUGUCAAACCCACCACGUGGCGUGUCUCAUGCUGGGGGAUCUGCUGAUGGCAAUCAUACAGCUAGCCAGAGACUCCCUUCAAGGUGAAGUGUGCAAGAUCUUCGCCAUAAUGGCCCAUUUCUUCUUCCUCGCUGCGUUUUUCUGGCUGAACACCAUGUGCUUCAACAUCUGGUGGACCUUCCGGGAUCUGAGACCUGCGAGUCUGGAGAAGGGACAGGAGACCCUUCGGCUUCGCAUUUAUGCGUGCUAUGCUUGGGGUGGACCACUUUUGGUGGCGGGUAUUGCCGCCCUUUUGGAUCACCUGCCUACUCAACCUGAAUAUGCCAGACUUAGGCCGCGAUUCGGCGAGAAACAGUGCUGGUUUUAUGGUGACAUGGAGAUCCUGGCGUAUUUCUUCGGACCCAUAGGAGCACUUUUGGCGGUGAAUCUGCUAUUUUUCGCUGCCACAGCCAGGGAACUCACCUGCGGCUUGUGGAAAGGCGAAUUCGUUAAGAGCACCACGGAAAGGUGA